UUCCUUCUUUUCAUUGUUUUCACAAUAAACAACUAAUUCCAACAUGAUGGCUGACCUGUUUGUGCAUGAUCUAGCAUUUGCGCUUGAUGAGAAGUUAGUAUUGACAAUCGAUGAGGAUGUUGAACUCGACUUGGAUGUUGAGGAGCCAAUGGAUCAGUUAGAAAAAGGAGCAACAUGGUGCUUAGCAAGAAAAUUAUUGAUCAAGAAGCGUUAUAAUAUGGAGGCACUAGAAAACACUUUAGCCAAUGGGCUCGGUGGAGGCAUUCAAAGGCAAAUAUGGAAAGCUUGUGGGCACGAGAAUCAAGCAAAUCUUACAAUGGAGGUCAAAGCCUUGAUUGGCAAAAUGAUAACCUCAAGUUGGGGGAAGCUCAAGCUUUCAAAUAAUGAGGCCAAGAAGGCCUAUAUACCUCGAAUCUUGGCCCAAAAGGCACAAGCAGGCCUACCGAACACCAUGAAUCUGUAUUAUUGGAACUGCCAAGUUCUUGGGAACCCUCAAGCAAUUCAAAGUCUCAUCGAAUUGGUGGGACUGAAGAAACCUAUAGUGGUGUUUUUAUGUGAGACACUACUGAAUAAUGGGGAGGUGCAGAUGAUGGGUAGCAAGUUUACAUGGAGAAAGGGUCGAACAGAGGAAAAAGUAGACAAAUGCUUGGCCACCAAUACUUGGAAGACACUUUUUCCUAUGACAAGGGUGAGGACGUUGCCACCUUUAUCAUCUGAUCAUACGCCGCUAUGGAUCACCCUUGAUGGUAAACGUGACAAGUUGCACUUAAAAAAGCGUAAAUUGAUCAUUGAUAAUGCCUUGAUUGCCUUUGAAAUUUUGCAUUUCAUACGAAAUAGGAGGAACAAGAAGAAGGGUUGGCAAAGAGUCAAAUUAGACAUGAGUAAAGCUUUUGAUCGCGUGGAGUGGCAAUAUCAUGAACACAUAAUGCGAGAACUGGGAUUUGCAAAUAGAUGGCUAAGAUUGAUUAUGGCUUGUGUCUCUUCAAUUAGCUAUGAAGUCCUCCUAAAUGGCAAAGGAGCUGGAAAAGUGGUACCAUCUAGAGGAUUGCAUCAAGGUGAUCCAUUGUCACCUUACUUAUUCAUUCUAUGUGACAAAGGUCUUACAGCCAUGAUUCAGGAGGCAGAGAAGCAUCAACUGCUACAUGGAGUGAGGAUCUGUGGGUUGAGUGAGACUAAAUGGCGGCCACCUACUGUUGGGUUUAUAAAGGUGAAUGUGGAUGGGGCAAUUUUUGAACAACAGAGAUUGUAUGGUGUAGGUGUAAUGGCUCAGGAUUCUUCUAGGGAAGUAUUAGCUGCCAUGGUGUCUAAGGGACAUGGAAUGCUUUCGAUGGAGGAGUGUGAAACAUGUAGCCUACGAAAUGCAUUGAAGUGGGCCAAGAACCUUAUGUUUGACAAGAUUGUUGUGGAAAUCAAUUGCACGAGCAUAGUCACAGCAAUCAACAACAAUCACAUUUUAAACUUCAACCUUGGUAUAAUCCUACUAGACUGUAAGCACCUUAUGGCUUCUUUUGCUAUUUGUCGAUUACAGCAUGUUCAAAGAAUUGGGAACUCAGUAGCUCAUGAGCUUGCAAGAGGGUGCUCCAGGCUGAAGCUGAUCUAUUUUGGCUUGCAGACAUACUAGAUUUCAUUGCACCUUUUGUAACAGGAGAUUGAACACUUGAUUAAUAUUAUAUCUUAUCCUUGUUACCAUUUUUAUGAAUAAAACAAGCGCAUAUUU